UUUGUUUUACCAGUGGAAUUUUUAUUGAAGAGUAUAAAUUACAAUGCUUAAUUAUAGUGAAUGGUGUUUGGGCCAACUGGGGAAGCUGGGGGGCAUGCUCCCAGACUUGUGGUCCAGGAACGCAGUCACGAACCCGCACUUGCACAAAUCCUUCUCCUCAAGGAAAUGGUGCCACUUGUGCAGGAUCUUCAACAUCGUCCCAAAGUUGUAAUGUCAUGGUCUGCAUACCUGAUAUUGAUGGUGGAUGGGGAUCUUGGUCGUCCUAUAGCGCAUGCCCAGUAACAUGCGGUAACGGAGAUAGAGUGCGCACCCGUCAAUGUAACAAUCCAGCUCAGUCAGGAAAAGGCGCAGAUUGUCCGGGUCCUUCGUCUGAUGUUUUAGUCUGCUCUCUGUCCCCCUGCGCUAUCGAUGGAAAAUGGGCCACUUGGUCCUCCUGGUCUUCUUGUACCAAGUCUUGUUCCGGUGGAAAGGAAGUGCGCUCCAGAACUUGUACCAAUCCGGCUACCAACUAUGGCGGCAAAGAUUGCUCAGGAGACACCUCAGAAGAGAGAGCCUGUAACACGCAUGCCUGCUCGGUUUGUAGCACAGGUGAAUACCUCUGCAAUGACGGUUCCUGUAAAAUGGGAACGCGCUGUAAUGGAGUCAAUGAUUGUGAUGAUGCUAGCGACGAAGAUUCCUGCUCUAACUCCGUGCUGAGGAUGUCUCAGGGAUAUGUAAAUAACGACCUCACCCGGCCCGGCAAUACCGACGAGGAAGACAGUGGAGCGACAUCAUUCGGCGUCUCCGUGCUCUUGAUAGUCGGUCUUCUCUCAGCCAUCUUUGCUCUUCGUGUGUGAUAAACAGUGGAAAUCGACGACAAUCCGCAGUUCUUCUCCACUGUCAUCAUAUUCAUCAGUCAUUCAUGUUUUCAGAUAAUUUUUAUAGAUUUAUUAACUCUUGAUAAUUACGUGUGCUUCUUUCAAUCCUCUUUUACAUUUUUUUAUAUUUUAAAAUCAUUAAUGACAAGUAAUUCUUUAUAAACUGUUUUAUCAUAAAAACAUAUUAAAUGAAUUCCUGAAUAGAAA